CAGUUCAAAGUUGACUUCGUCGCGGACCAGACCGGACCGAACACGACACCGCGACCCUGAAUUAGAAAUUGAAUUAUCAAAUCUCGGCCUGAUUUAAUUUACAAACUUGAAGCACCACAAUAAAUGAAAAUGUUGCCCAAAAAGUGUGCACUUGAUUUGUGGAUAUUUACGUGCUUAGUCCUGGACUUUGUGUACGCGGAGCUGGACUUCAGCAACGAUCUGGAGAACAGCCAGAAGUUCAAGAGUAUUCCAACCACAGUGAAAACCUUCGAAAAUGAUACAGUCCUGCUGCCCUGCACCUUGAAAACGCCAUUCCGUUAUGUGCGCUGGCACCGAGACGAUGUGGCACUGGUAGACUCCCGCCAUCCGGAGAUACUGCCGCCAGACCGCAUCAUGCUCUGGCCCAAUGGCAGCCUGCAGGUGGCCAACGUGCAGUCGGAGGACACCGGGGACUAUUACUGCGAGAUGAACUCGGACUCAGGCCAUGUGGUGCAGCAGCACGCCAUCGAGGUGCAGCUGGCGCCACGCGUACUCAUCGAGCCCAGCGGAUUGACGGAGCUGCAGAUCGGAGCCACCUUCGAGGUGGUGUGCGAUGCCCAGGGCGUGCCCCAGCCGGUGAUAGACUGGCGUUGGAAUGGACAGACCCUGGCCCCAGGCAGCAGCACGGGCAACCGGCAGAGCCAUGUCAUGGAGAUCAAGUCGCGCAGUCAGUCGGGUCUGAUCGAGUGCCUCGCCAGCAAUGGCGUGGGUGAGCCGGCCGUGGCUGGUGUCUAUCUGCAUGUGCUGUUUACACCCGAGGUGAAGCUGCCUCAGCCGGUGGUCUACACCAAGCUGGGGACGCGAGCCCAUCUCGAGUGCAUUGUGGAGGCGGCGCCGGCGGCCACAGUGAAGUGGUUCCACCAUGGCCUGCCCGUGGCAUUGGGCACGCACUCGUCCAGCCACGAGACCGAGCUGCAGUCCAACCGCUCCCUCGACCAUUACGUGAACGACGUACGCCACCUGCUGGUGAUCAAGAACGUGCGCAACGCGGACAUGGGGCAGUACGAGUGCCGAGCAACCAACAGGAUCGGUGCGCGGAGUGCCAGCAUUGAGCUGACCGGCCGACCCAUGCCGUGCAUCUUCAAGAUCAAUCCGGGCACACAGAGCUCCACGUCGCAUGUGCUCGUUUGGCAGACGGAGAGCCUGCUGCCCAUCAUGGAGUUCAAGCUGAAGUUCCGCCAGAUUCCGUCCAACAAUGUCACCAGGCAGCUGCGCACCAACUGGACAGAGUUAACGAUCCCCGCCCAGGCCAUUAAUGGACUCAUCUACAUCACGACGUAUACGCUGCAUGGCCUGCAGCCGGCAAGUCUCUACGAGGUCUCCGUUCUGGCGCGCAACAGUUUCGGCUGGAGCGACAAUAGCAAAAUUGUUCGCUUUGCCACGGGUGGCGAGGUGGAGCUGCCCAACUAUUCAACGGAAUCUGAGCUGCAGAACGAUGUCACCGAGGAGCAGGACUUCCGGAAUGAAAUUACCCAGAGAUCGGAUACUCUGCGGGCCAGCAUGAUGUUCAAUUCGGGCUCAGCAGCUGAGGGCCGUGGCCUCAGUGGGUCCCUCAUCUAUUCCAUUUGCAUAUGCCUAACAUUAGUCCUGAUCUACCAAUAAGAAUAAUAGUGAAUAGUGAACUCCAUUUCCGUGUGACACCAAAUAAACAACUAUCACCAAAUUCUUGAGAGGUAACUGCACACGUCAUAGGGGAAAUGAAUCAAGAGACUGCAAUUCAUCAACUCAGUCGCGAUAAGAUUCUUUGUGAACCUCUGACUAAAUACAAACACAAAUGACUGAGCUCACAGUAUGGAUGGACUCUUAACGCAUUUAGUUUAGUAAUCUUUGGCAGUAUAUUUGGACAAAAACCUAUCUGACGAAUUCUAUAUUUAUAUACUGUACACGAAGAGUUUAGGGCAGCUAUCGGCAGCUUUAUUCGGAAUGAUAUCAAUACUUGGUAACGAAAUUGGGUGCGUAUUUUAAGGCUUAAGGCUACUCAUAAAAC